AUGGUGUUGUUUUUCUCGACGAUAUUUUUUCUCUUCGGCAAUUUCGUUUUCGUCAACGCGAUACCGUCAGUUUCGUUUUUCUAUCCGAAAACCUUAACUGUAUCGAGUUGUACAAAUACUCAUUCAUGGACUAAAUGGUUUAAUUCGGGAAAGCCGAAUACUGACAAAGAUUUCGACCAAGAAUCGCUGUCGAUCAUUCAAGCAAAGUACGGUCGUGAUGUCUGCGCCAAGCCGCAAGGUGUUCAAGCGCGAACUGUCACUGCUCUGCAAACAGAUGUCAAUUAUAGUGCGUCAUGGCAAACGAUGACCGGAAUUAUCUCUGCCUUUGUUUCCCAAACUGCUGGUGUUGAUUUUCAAAUAAGAUUCUGUUGUCCCAAUACAGGUUUCGUAACAACAACAGUAUCGCCUCCAAAACCGAUCGAUGACAAAACAUGUGGUCGGCCGAAGAUUAAACCAUCUGUAGGAUUGACACGCAUUUUCGGUGGAUCAUAUGCUGUACCACAUUCAUGGCCAUGGCAAGUUCUCUACGAAGAAAUCAGGUCUUGCGACACGAAUAAGCUUUGUGUUGAUACUUGCGGCGGUACUUUAAUUGAUUCCCAUCAUGUUCUUACAGCAGCGCAUUGUGUUCACGGAAAGGAUCUGAGUAAGAUUUUCAUCACUGCUGGCAUUCACAAUCGACAAAAGAAUGAAUCUGAUACCAGACAACAGCGGCAGCUCGACGCGAUUUUUCGACAUCCCGAUUGGAAUAAUGACACACUCGAAAACGAUUUGGUUAUUCUUCGUUUAAGUGCACCUGUACAAUUAAAUGACUACGUUCGAACAGCUUGUUUGCCGGGUCCGGAUCCUCGUCCGAAUGCGAACGUUAUUUUGAUUGGUUGGGGUUCCGAACAUAUCGAUGGUCUCCUUUCGGAUGAACUGAAACAAACGCAAGUCACAGUUAUUGACGACUGCGACAAAUACUGGGAUAAUUUCGACGAAGAUAACCAAAUUUGUGUAAGAAACAUGAUUUCAGGCGAUUCGGCAUGUGAUGGCGAUAGUGGAAGUCCUUUGUUACAAGAAUACAAUAGCCAAUGGAUCGUUCAAGGUGUCGCAAGUUAUAUUGAUGAUUGUAAAACAAAUGGAAACUUUCUACCGAAUGUUUAUGUUAAAGUAUCUGCGUAUUUAGCUUGGAUUCACAGUAUAAUCCGUCAAAAGCAUUGA